AUGAGUACACCAAAAUUAGAUGAUUGGGAAGUAAUAUUUGACAAUAAUUAAAUAAAUAUAGAUGAAAUAUAAAAAACUCCUGCUGAUUAAAUUUAAGUAUUAGAUCAAGAUAAUUAUCAAAUUGAAUUUGUGCUUUCUAAAAGAGAUUCUCAUCAAGAAUACCAAUUAUAUUCAGUAAAAAAUGAAGAAAAUAAGUUAAAUUGUAAACCAAAAAGCGAGCUUAACAAUAUGUAAAAUGAAGAUAGCAAUUAAAAUUCUAAAAAUUUAGAUACUUAGGUUGUUUACAAAAUUAAUAGUGAAUGUAAUCUAGCCAAAAUAGACUGUAUCUAAGAUAAUCAAUAAUUGUUGAUGCAGAAAGAUAAAAGUAUGCUUUAAGACGAUGAACUAAAGAAAUUAAAUUUAAGUUUUACCAAAAGAAAUGCCUGA